AUGGACCCCCCCAGCGUUGACCAGGACGAGCUCAUCGCUCAAUUCUGUGCCAUGACCCGGACCCAUUUGGGCGAGGUAAUCCCUCCGUCCCCAGACCCGAUUCCAACGCUGACAAGACCGAUCCAGGCACAUGAAUACCUCAGCGCCAACAGCUGGGACCUCGAAGCCGCCGUCACCGAAUAUUUUGCCGAACAAGACGAAGCUCUGCACGACACAGGCGCCGCCGCCAGCGGCUCUGGUCGAUCUCUCGGCGGCGCCGAAUCCGGUCCCUCUGGUCGUACGCUCGGUGGAAGCGCGGCCAGCGGCAGCGGCUCGCAGUCGCCGUCGACCACGCCCCAGCCGUCCUCCAAGCCCGCGCCGAAGAAGAAGUUCGCGACGCUGGGCGACUACUCGUCCGGCGCGGCCGGCGGCGGCGACUCCUCCGACGAAGACGACAUGGAGAACCAGGAUUUCUUCGCCGGCGGCGAGAAGUCCGGGCUGGCGGUGCAGAACCCAGAUGAUCUGAAGAAGAAGAUUAUCGAGAAGGCGAAGAGAUCGCAACUCCCCGCAGACGACUCGGCCCCGCGACGCUCCUACUUCACCGGCACGGCACGCACACUCGGCGGCGACGACGCGCCUAGCCGCGUGAUCGAGACGCCCAGCGCGCGGCCGGCGCAGCCCCCGCAGCGCGUCCAGCGCACCCUCCACUUCUGGACGGACGGCUUCUCCGUCGACGAUGGCGAGCUUUUCCGCUCCGACGACCCGCGCAACGCCGAGAUCCUCGACGGCAUCCGCCAGGGCCGCGCCCCGCUGUCCAUCAUGAACGUGCUGCCGGGCCAGGAGGUCGACGUGCAGAUCAAGCAGCACGACGAGAAAUACGUCCGCCCCAAGCCCAAGUACAAGCCCUUUGCUGGGCCGGGCCAGCGGCUCGGUAGUCCCACCCCCGGUGUCGUGGGUGCCACCACCCCGCCUGCAACAACGGGCGCGGAGUCUGCGCAGUCCCCGGCGCAGUCGGCAGCGCCCCCGGUCGACGAGUCCCAGCCCACCGUCACCCUGCAGAUCCGUCUCGGCGACGGCACCCGCCUCACCUCCCGGUUCAAUACCUCGCAUACGAUCGGCACCGUCUACGACUUUGUUUCGGCGGCCAGCCCCGCGAGCCAGUCGCGCCCGUGGGUGCUGAUGACUACGUUUCCUAGCAAAGAGCUGACGGACAAGAACGCGGUGCUGGGGGAUCUGGCCGAGUUCAAGCGGGGCGGAGUGGUGGUGCAGAAAUGGCAAUAG